AUUAGCUUCACGUGCGCCACACGUGCUCCUUGCACAAGAAAAGGGCGCUCGUCUUCCCGCCAUCGAGUGAAUCUCUCUGCUAAAGAGAGAAAUUAUCAUUUCUUUUGCAGCAAAAGAAUGGAAUUGACGCUUAGUAGUAACGCUCUUAAAACCUUCACUCGAUCCAUCACAAGCCUCGCACGCAUUGGCAACGACCUCACCAUUCAAGCCUCUCCUUCUCAGCUCGCUUUGCACACACUCAACUCAUCAAGGUCUGCCUAUCAAUCUAUCACAUUUAAGCCCGAUUUCUUUGAUGUUUAUACAAUUUCGGGUACCCAAGUGCAAUUUAGUGUGCUUUUGAAGGCAAUUUGUUCCGUUCUUAGGACACCUUUUACUAGUAUUGAUCAUUUGAGCGUUCUAUUGCCCAAUCCUGAUGCAUCAAAAGUGCAGUGGACUUUGGACUGUUACAAUGGUAUAAGGAAAGCCUAUUGGAUUACUUGCAAUGUUGAACCAGACAUACAACAUCUAUCUCUUGACAGGAGAAGGUUUCCAAGCAACUUUGUGGUGAGGCCUCGUGAUCUCAACAGAUUGCUGGCUAAUUUCCAGUCAACCCUUCAAGAGAUUACUGUCAUUGCUACUGAACCUUCUUCCUUACCUUCUGAUGUGGCAAGCGAAAUUGGUGGGAAAGCUGUUGAACUUAGAAGUUAUAUAGACCCAACCAAAGACAAUGACUCAUCUCUACACACUCAAUUAUGGAUAGAUCCUACGGAAGAAUUUGUGCAGUAUUCUCACACUGGAGACCCUGUAGAUGUGACAUUUGGUGUGAAGGAAUUGAAGGCAUUUCUUUCUUUUUGCGAGGGAUGUGAAGUUGACAUCCACUUGUAUUUUGAGAAAGCUGGCGAACCUAUUCUGAUGGCACCGAAAUUCGGUUUAGAUGAUGGCUCCACUUCAAACUUUGAUGCUACACUAGUACUUGCAACCAUGCUUGUAUCACAGCUCCAUGAAAGAAAUCCCUCAGAACCUCCACCUGCAGCUGCCACAAUGCAGGGACAGGCCGAUCGAGGGACAGGGUCCCAAGUACAAGAGAGGGCAGGAGGAAAUGUUUCUGAUCUUCCAUCUGAUCACACCAGAAUUUGGUCUGAACUUUCAGGAAGUGCAGCGAAAAGUGGUAGUGGUGCUGAAGAAAGACCGGCUCAAGGGGAAAAAAAUCCCAAUACUAAUGAACAAAUGAAUAUUCAUGGGAUUAGCACAAUGUACAUUUCUAAGGCUGGGUCUGCUGGAGCAAAUGUGCCGAGGGGGCCUAAUGUGAGCCAUCCUAUGGAAACAGACCAUGCAGAAGAACCUCGAGAGAGGACAGAAGUUAAUGGACAUGGUUUGUCACAACGCCAUCCUAGUAAUUGGGUAGAUGCGGAUGACGAUGACGAUGAAGGGGAUGAGGCGGAAUUGUGUGUGCAGUCAACACCACCAUACUGUGAAGAACGAUAGCUAUAACAAAUCUCUUUUUUAUUCUUGCAAAGGAGCUGAAUAGACUGCUGAUUUUUUCAGUUCAAGUUUGUGGCCCUAGGCCUGCACAAAAGUUGUUUGAUGAUUCCAGAAGUGGUAGUGAAUGGCCAAAAAUAACGUCUGUCCUUGGAAUUGGUUCGAAGUUAAGUUCACUAGCAUUGGUGAAAUUCACAAGGUACUUUGGAUGACUUAAAAGUCCUGUCUGAAGGUUAAAUUUCAAUCUUCGAUUAAUUAAAUAUAAUGUUCUGUUAAUUUUCACUUUUAUUUUUUUUAGUGGAUGACUUCGUUGUAA